UGUUACUACUACAACUGAACCAGCUACUACCACACCUGUACCCAGCAUCAUGCGCCUUGUAAGACUGACUGCGUUCACCUUGCUGGCUGCAGUUUGCUGUACACUACCAGCUGCAGCGACUAGAGUGGUCACCUGUGACAAUGGAGAAAACGUCCAGUUCCUGAUCUGUGAUUCUGGAGUGAUCUUCAUUGAGAGAGCUCUGUACGGACGGACUGACGGAACCACCUGCAGAGAAGGACGACCUGCUGACCAGCUGACCAACACACAGUGUUCACAGACAGGCACCCUGGAGGUCCUCUCACAGAGGUGCAAUGGGAAACGGGUGUGUGAAGUGAACACUGAAGUCUUCCGUACUUCUGACCCCUGUGUUGGAAUCUACAAAUACCUGGAAACCACCUACACCUGCAUCCUAGCAACACGCAGCAUCACGUGUGAAGGCUCUGAUGCUCUCCUAGAAUGUGAUGAAGGUACGAUCCAGAUCCACAGUGCCAACUAUGGCCGCCGUGACCAGAUAAUGUGUUCCUUUAAUCGGCCCGCUAACCAACUAGACAACACCAACUGCCUCAGCCAAUCCAUAACCACCAGUAAGGUGGCAGAGAGGUGUGAUGGGAAGAGCCAGUGUGACGUCCCGGUGUUCAACUCUCUGUAUGGAGAUCCCUGUGUAGGAACCUACAAGUACCUGGAUGUGGCUUACACCUGUGGCUAAAUGUGAGGCACGCAUGCAUACGGAGAUCUUCUCCGAGGAACAAAGACCAGAGACUUCUUGGAUAUCCUCCUCUUCAUUGGGUGGAUUUGUCUUUCUUUCCUGUCUUCUCUCCUCUGAAGUCUCAAUUGAGUGUAAAAUCUAUGUAAAUUGCAUAUUUCCAUGUCAAGUUCAAAAUGUGUAAAUCCCAUUGAUUGUGUAUUUCGUCAGGCAUAAUUUGUGUGUAGUAAAAACAUAAUGAGACCCCUCUUGUGCUGCAGCAAGGCACGGUCAGGAGGAAGCAUGGAGAAAUAAAACAUUAACCCCAAAAAUAAACUAUUCUUCAAAUAACACUGUGACAUAAUACUUUGUGCAUUUUGUGUACUAAAGUUUUUCUUCAAAACAAUGUUGAUUUUCUGAACUGUGGUGGUUGGUCUGAUUUAACUAAGAACUGUGGUGGUUGGUAUGAUUUAACUAAGAACUGAGGUGGUUGGUCUGAUUUGAACUAAGGACUGUGGUGGUUGGUCUGAUUUGAACUGAGAACUGUGGUGGUUGGUAUGAUUUAACUAAGAACUGUGGUGGUUGGUCUGAAUUAAACUAAGCAGCAUAAAGA